UGCUGUUGAGCAUCUCAGCUCCACGGUGCUGAGGCUGGAGCUGCGCUUUGUUCCGGGCACCGGCGUCUCUCUCCCGCGUCCGGUCCUGCGUCUCUCUUCCUGCAUCCCCUUCCUAAGCCGCUGAGUCCUCGAGCUGCCCUUCUUCUGCUGCUUCUAAACUUGCGGUCCAGCGCCCUUACCAGGUCCUGGUUUUUUGCUUUCUCCUCCCAAGGCCGGGGUCGCUCCGCCAGGCCCCGCCCCUCCAGGCCUGGCAUGUCCCCUGCUGCCCAGCGCCCAUGGUCCUGACGCUGCUCUUCUCCGCCUACAAACUGUGCCGCUUCUUCACCAUGUCAGGCCCACGGCCAGGCGCCGAUCGGCUGACAGUGCCGGGACCGGAUCGGAGUGGCGGCGCCAGUCCAUGGUGGGCUGCGGGCGGUCGCGGGUCUCGCGAAGUGUCGCCCGGGGUGGGCACCGAGGUUCAAGGCGCCCUGGAGCGUUCGCUGCCGGAGCUGCAGCAGGCGCUGUCCGAACUGAAACAGGCAAGCGCGGCGCGGGCUGUUGGCGCGGGCCUCGCUGAGGUCUUCCAGCUGGUAGAGGAAGCCUGGCUGCUGCCGGCCGUGGGCCGCGAGGUGGCCCAGGGUCUAUGCGAUGCUAUACGUCUGGACGGUGGCCUCGACUUGCUGCUGCGGCUGCUUCAGGCACCGGAGCUAGAGACCCGUGUGCAGGCCGCGCGCUUGCUGGAGCAGAUCCUGGUGGCUGAGAACCGGGACCGGGUAGCGCGCAUCGGCUUAGGUGUGAUCUUGAACCUGGCGAAGGAGCGCGAGCCUGUGGAGCUGGCACGGAGCGUGGCGGGCAUCUUGGAGCAUAUGUUCAAGCACUCGGAGGAGACAUGCCAGCGGCUGGUGGCGGCGGGAGGCCUGGACGCGGUGCUGUACUGGUGCCGCCGCACAGACCCGGCGCUACUGCGCCACUGCGCGCUGGCGCUGGCGAACUGCGCGCUGCACGGGGGCCAGACCGUGCAGCGGUGCAUGGUGGAGAAGCGCGCCGCCGAGUGGCUCUUCCCGCUCGCUUUCUCCAAGGAGGAUGAGCUGCUGCGGCUGCACGCCUGCCUGGCGGUGGCGGUGUUGGCUACCAACAAGGAGGUGGAACGCGAGGUCGAGCACUCCGGCACGUUGGCACUCGUCGAGCCACUCGUGGCGUCGCUGGAUCCCGGCCGCUUCGCCCGCUGCCUGGUGGAUGCCAGUGACACAAGCCAGGGUCGUGGACCAGACGACCUGCAGAGCCUGGUGCUGUUGCUCGAUUCGUCGCGUUUGGAGGCUCAGUGCAUAGGGGCAUUCUAUCUGUGCACGGAGGCUGCCAUCAAGAGCCUACAGGGAAAGACCAAGGUGUUCAGUGACAUCGGCGCCAUUCAGAGCCUCAAACGCCUGGUUUCUUACUCUACAAAUGGCACUACGUCGGCGCUGGCCAAGCGCGCGCUGCGCCUAUUGGGCGAGGAGGUGCCAAGGCGCAUCCUGCCCUGCGUGGCCAGCUGGAAGGAGGCUGAGGUCCAGACCUGGCUGCAGCAGAUCGGCUUCUCCCAGUACUGCGAGAACUUUCGGGAUCAGCAGGUAGAUGGUGACCUGCUUCUGCGACUCACAGAUGAAGAACUCCAGACAGACCUAGGCAUGAAAUCAAGCAUCACCCGCAAGAGGUUCUUCAGGGAGCUCACGGAGCUCAAGACCUUCGCCAGCUAUGCUACCUGCGACCGCAGCAAUCUAGCGGACUGGCUGGGCAGCCUGGAUCCUCGCUUCCGUCAGUACACCUAUGGCCUGGUCAGCUGCGGCCUGGACCGCUCCCUGCUGCACCGAGUGUCAGAGCAGCAGCUCCUGGAGGACUGUGGCAUCCGCCUGGGGGUGCAUCGCACACGCAUCCUCUCUGCAGCCAGAGAAAUGCUCCAUUCUCCGCUGCCCUGUACUGGAGGCAAACCCAGUGGAGACACCCCAGAUGUCUUUAUCAGCUACCGGAGGAACUCGGGUUCCCAGCUAGCCAGCCUCCUGAAGGUGCACCUGCAGCUGCAUGGCUUCAGCGUCUUCAUCGACGUGGAGAAGCUGGAAGCCGGCAAAUUCGAGGACAAACUCAUCCAGAGCGUCAUGGCGGCUCGAAAUUUUGUGCUGGUGCUGUCUGCCGGGGCGCUGGAUAAGUGCAUGCAGGACCAUGACUGUAAGGACUGGGUGCACAAGGAGAUUGUGACUGCUUUAAGCUGUGGCAAGAACAUUGUGCCCAUCAUCGAUGGCUUUGAGUGGCCUGAGCCUCAGGCGCUGCCUGAAGAUAUGCAGGCCGUGCUCACCUUCAACGGCAUCCAAUGGUCCCAUGAGUACCAGGAGGCCACCAUUGAGAAGAUCAUCCGCUUCCUACAGGGUCGCUCCUCUCAGGACUCCUCUGUCGGCUCUGAUACCAGUUUGGAGGGAGCUACGCCAAUGGGUCUGCCUUAGCCUGUCCCCAGUCCCCAUGCCCUACUGUGACUCCCGAUUCACGUCCCUACCCUGAAAGGAUUAGCUCCUCCAGAUGCCACCCUGACUGAGGCAAACCAGACUGUUCUCAGGCAAUGGCUUUCCCUGCUGCCACCCUGUGGCCCACUCUUAACCCAGAGAUGCCAGGCACAGGUUAGAUGAGAGGACAUCCUGUGUCGGGUCCUACCACCAGGUCCCAACUCCCAUACAGAACCAUGUCCCUGCCUAGUUCAGGACACCCAAGACAGGGGAAGGACAUUUUCCCAUCUUCUGAGAGGAGCCAGCUUGAGUAGGGUAAGGUUGGCAGCCCCCCCAAAAGGGUCCAUACAAUGCCAGGACCCUAAACCUGUGCUCAGGAGGAAGAAGCUGGGGCUGAGACUCCCCCAAAGGCGAUCUACUCACAUUGUGCCUGCACCCUGGCUCACCCGGUGUCCCCCUGCCUCAUCGCCUUGCCUGUAACUACCUGGUACCCCUUCUAGACUUCCUUUAGGCAGCCUCCUUGGGCAUAUUGGGAGUCGGGGUGUGGCUGAAUCGGCCCUCUGCCUGGCCUUGUUGCCCCUCCUGGUGCAAGGAGACCCUAAGAGCCCACCCUUGCCCAAACCUCUGUGCGUGCCUAAGGCUCUUGCCUAGCCUGCUCCAUCUGGUUUCCCCAGCUCCUUACCCACACAGGGUUUGUCACCUACCUGCUCAGGGAAGUCCCAACCACACCAGUAGCCUGAGCAGAACCGGCACCAUGGGCAGAAGGCAAACCAUCUACAGGCAAGGGCUACUUCCCGGGCAGUGUCAAAUCCAUUGGGAAUCUUGUCAAAAUUCAGAGCAGGCCAUCUGGGAAGUGCCUGGGCUUCUGCAUUUUUCAGAUUCCCAGGGAAGCUGGUACAAGAGAGUCCAGCAAUCCAGCCAUGCGCCACACACCCCAGCCCGGUCCCUAGUCACCGCAGCGGCCGGUUCCAGUCCUGUCUCCAGUUUCACAGAGCCGAGUGGCUGGGAGAUGGGACCAGGUCUCCAAGUCACUGGUGGCAGCCCCAGGAUCCUGCCUUAGUCCUGGAACCCAGCACUGCAGUGUCCAGAUCUGUUUUUCUAAGAGGCUGUGGCCCAAGCUGGGGAGCUGCCUCUCCCUGGCCACAGAGAACUGAGCAGUGUGAGCCCUGACUAAAAGGCGGGCCAAAGGCAUACAGAAAUAACAGAGCAGGACUGUCCCGUGUCCCUCCCUCCACUGGACAAGGAAGCCAAGGAAGCUGGCUCUUGUCAUCACCCAGGCUCAAGCUUCGAGUGAGAUGGCACCGCCCUGCUGCUGUCCCCUGGAGGCCGUGGGGUCCCACCUCUCCUGGUGCUGGCCAGGUUACUUGCCCUCAGUCCACAUUAUCAGAGAAAUGUCUCCAGGCCCGGGGACACCUUCCUCCCGCUGCUCAUCUUCCAUGGGUCAUGGCUGGCCUCUGGCUAUGACUACCUGCAGUCUUGUCACCAGUGACAACCCCAUAUCCUAUUCUGAGGUGAGGCAGAUGGAAUGGUGCCCUCGAUGACAAAUUCAAUGACAAUACAGUGUAAGAGUUCUCCCUGGGGGUUCUGUCUGUCUUCAGUCCCACUCUCCUAAGGUCCCCACGGGCAUGGGUAGUACUCAAGAAACUUCUGGCUUUUCUUGGUUGGCGCCCAGGUCACUACUACCUCCACUGUCUGGUCUUCUGUUGACCUGGGGAACCAGAGCACAGCCAUGUGUCCCAGCCAGGGUGGCCAAAGUGUCAAGCCUCCUCUAACUAGACAGUACGAUCUGUGGUGACAGAGGGGCUGAACUUCUGCUAAGCAUGGCUGUCCACACUGAUGCUGAGGCAGGCUCUUCAGUAGCCCUUGAAGCAGCCCACACUCGCCUGGUCUGAGUCCGGGGUUUCUGCCUAGCUGAGCUAUAGCUGCCGCCCCCACAUCAGGACUUAGUCGGGGAGAUCCCUCCUCUUUAGCACCCAGCCAUCUCUAGGGAGCUACGAACUGCUGAGGGACAUUAAGAGGCUAAAGAUCCAUCCACAAUUCAUGCAUCCCUUCACCGGGGCUCUCAUCCUGGGAUGUAUGGAGCUGGAGGGAUCUCAGGGCACCCGGCAGCUGUGCUUCCUAACGCAUCCCUUGCGGACAGUUUUGGGGGAGUGCUGAUCCGGUUUCCUGUAGGUCACACGCUGCCCAAGUGGAGCCCUUCCUUCCUCACAGCCUUGGGCCAGUGGGGCAGUGGAAAGCCUCUUCUUGCUUAGACUUUGGGACAGUGAGGCGGGACAGUGAGGCGGGAGUGUGGAAGCCAAAUGAGCCCUGGUGCAGUCCAGUGGGCCUUAGUUUUCCCUGGGUUACAGCUUUCACCUGCAUGGUUUCCAGCCGGGAAACUAGCUUGCAGUUUGGGUGGGAAGAGAUAGCUUCAUCAAAGACAGUGGCUUCCAGCAGGGUGGUGGUGGGAGACAGAAAGCCCCAAAGCCCAGUAAACUUUUCAGACUGAUUCAAA